GCUGAAGAAAAUAAUUUAUAGAAAAAUGUCUAAAACUAUAACCUUCGUGACCGGUAAUGCCAAGAAGUUGGAAGAGUUCGUGGCUAUUCUCGGUACUCAGUUUCCUUACAAGGUAGUAUCGAAGAGUGUUGAUUUACCAGAAUACCAAGGAACUCCAGAGGAAGUUUGUAGGGAGAAAUGUAAAGAAGCUUCAAGACUUAUACCCGGACCAGUUAUAGUAGAGGAUACAUGCCUUUGUUUCAAUGCUUUAGGGGGGCUCCCUGGUCCAUAUAUCAAGUGGUUUCUGCAGAAUCUAGGAGCUGAUGGUUUACCUCGUCUUAUCUCUGACUGGGAAGAUAAAUCUGCUGCUGCUCUUUGUAUGUUUGGAUAUUGUGAGGCUGAGGGAAAGGAGGUUCAGAUAUUCGAGGGAAGAACUGAAGGAAAGAUUGUUGUGCCUCGAGGAAAACGUGAUUUUGGUUGGGAUCCAGUUUUCCAGCCUGAUGGGUUCGAGUUAACUUACGCCGAGCUUGAUGCGAGCGUAAAAAAUUCAAUUUCCCAUCGGGGUCGAGCCCUGGAAAAAGUUAAAACUUUUCUUACCUCGAAUAUAUCAAACUGAUAUCAUUGUGAUAUUUAUUUUUUUUUCAUACAAGA